UUAUCUUUUUAUGAUUCACGACCUUUACAAACUUCUUUUGUUUACAUCUUUGAACACACCUACCUACCUGUCGACUAGUCACAGUCUGUUGCCCGUCAAAUCAAGGUACCAACUGUAUCAUAGCUAUCACGUCUAUCACAUCUAUCCAACAACUUUGGUGAUAGCUUCACCCAUCUCAAAAUCCUGAAACCCCGGAUAAACGAAAUCAACGGCAUCUUCGUUCGAAAGGCCCUUGCACUGCUAAAAUCCGCAAUCCGUAAUCCUUCUAUUUCUAUUUCGAUUUCCCUGCCUGCUCUUUUACCACCAUUCACUUUUUCACCUCAAGUCUGUCAUUCGUUGAACAAGAUCCCUUUUUAGAAUCAGAAAUUCUUCUUCUUUAUUUCCGACCUUUCGACUACCCAGCGAAUACAAUAAACCCUGCUACUAUUGCAGUCACGAAUCAACGAUAGAGUACAUAAUAAUGGCGCCGCCCAGUUUUACGGAUUCCUUUUGGUCUGGGGACUAUGCUGGAGGUACGGGGCUCUCCUCUCUGCACGCUGUACACAUCCUUUCCUGCAGUCAUUUACUAAUGCUCUUCAUCAAAAUAGGUCUUGGUGUUCUCUUCGGUAAACUGCAGCAAGGAGUCGCCGAAAAUCAACAAGUUCUUACCAUUGCGCGAAUGCGAGCGGAAGCCGAAGAUGCUUACGGUAUGAAAUUAGGAGAAAUUGGUCCGGCGACGGAUAAAAUAACAGGAGGUUUCAGUAGAGAUGAUGGAGCUAGUGUUCGAAAGGUAUUGAAGAAUCUCCUCUUGGGCCAACAUGAGGGGUGGUGGACUGACAAUUAUAGGCAUACGAUGGAGUACGGACGGAGAUGGUAGAGGCUUCAAAAAAUCACCGCAAGAUCGCACAAAGCAUUCGAGAUCUUGUUGUCGCCCCCUUUUCGCGCUGGUGUGAUGCGCAUGAGAAUCGAGUUCAAAAUUCACAGGACGACCUUCAAGCGCGUAUAAAACUUCACGACAAACAAGCAGAGCUGGUCAAGAAAUUACGCAGUCAUUACUUUAACAAGUGUCGAUUAGUCGAAGAUAUUGAGGAAGAAAAUAAAUUGGCUUUCCAGGAUCCGGAAAAUAGUCCCAAGGCCAAGAUUCCAGAGAUCAAGGUUGGCAAUAAGGAUGAUGAGGAGGAUGAUCUAUCUUUGGAGAUUGGUGAUGAGGUAUAUAAUUCGGAACAGAUCAAGAAGAUCUUGACACACCUUUUGCAAACAAUCAAGCUAGUCGAUACAAAAGUUCCAAUCUUGGGUACAUAUCAAAACACAACAUCUGGCGCAGAUAUAGUGGAAUAUCUCCAAAAAUACAUGGGAGCAACGAGUAUCAGCCACGCCGAACGAAUUGGGCAAGAUUUGGUCUCGCAUGGCUUUUUACGCUUGAUUGGAAAUGUUGGCAAUAUCUUCGCAAAUAGUUCCAAGAUGUUCUACCAAUGGCGACCCAAGGGUUUCCAGUUAACAGGAAUCCCCGAAAAGAAGCCCAAUGUUGGCCGAACUUUCUCUGUCGCCUCUAACUCUGAUUUCGCAGAUUCUCCUGUUGUUGGAUCAGUUUCUGAAUAUUUGGCGGGCUGGAAUCCGUUGAACAAUCAACAUCCUAACGAGACCCCAGGCGAUCGUCUUCGUAGAGAAGCUGCGGAAGCAGAUGAGAGAUACAAGCAAGGUGUUAAGAAAUUAGACCAUUUACGAUGUCAGCUGGAGGAGGCCAUCUUCGAGCAUUUGAGAUAUUUGGAACGUUGUGAGCUUGAUAGACUCAAGGCUAUUAAGACCAUUAUUCUCGAUUUUUCCGGAACGAUUAGUAAUGUCAUUCCUAGUCUGCAAUCUACAGUAGACAAGAUGAUGCUUUACCAAGAAACGGUGCAACCUCUUGGAGAUUUGCGAUAUCUUCUUGAAAACUAUCGCACUGGUGGUUUCGCGCCAAAGGUUAUCGUCUAUGAAAAUUACUAUAACUCUGCGGACGAACAAACUUUUGGCGUUGAUCUGGAGGCCCGGGCUCGAGGGGAUAGAAAGAGGGUGCCAGUUAUCAUCACUACCAUUCUCACUUUCCUCGACAACAGAUAUCCUGACCUUGAAGGCGAUGCAGCUAGGAGAAGCGUUUGGUUGGUUGAUGUUCCCCUACAUCAAACUCAUCGAGUACGGAGUGUUCUCAAUACUGGAAAAACAUUCCCUAUAGAGGCUUUGGACCCAUAUGAAGUUCCUAUCAUUGCAAGCGUUCUUAAAUUAUAUUUACUGGAAUUACCAGGUAAACUCAACCCCCUUGGCCAAUCCAUGAAGAAUUACCUCAGCUAACUUCUUGUCAUAGAUUCUUUAGUGUCAUCUCACGUUUACGAAAUUAUGAAAACGAUUUACUCAACCCCAGCAUCCGAAUCUACCGACUCGGCUCGAAUCUCAGUUCUACAAAAUACCCUCAGCCAGCUCAGAUUAGCCAACAUUGCUACUCUGGAUGCCCUCAUGACACAUUUCACUAGAUUAAUUGAACUCACUUCAGCCGAUGAGGCCUACAUCUCUGAGCUCGCGACAAUCCUUGCUCCAUGCGUCCUUCGACCAAAGACUGAAACCUCGAUGACCAUGGAAGAGAAGUACUCAUACCGUCUGAUUCGCGAUCUUUUUGCUCACAAAGAUGCCAUCUUUUCCGAACUUAAGCGAGCUUCAUCGCUCAAUUCUGCUUCAAAUAUUGACACCAGAAGACCUAGAGCAAUCAGUACGGAUGAAAGCAACCGACGAGCCAACAUGGAAGCUAGACAAAAGGCCAUAAUUGCAGCCGGUGGAGCUAGAAGUCGCGCUACUAGCCCUGCCCCAGGUCCACGUGGCCAUCGCAGAGAUAGAAGUUCAGGACCACCUGCGGCCGAGACACGAUUCCCAGUACAAACAUCUCCUACAGCUACAACUGAUUCCGCUAGAAAUUCUAGAGGCAGUACGAGACAGAGCCUUGAAGUCCCAUCAUCAGCCGAAGCUAGUCCGGUCGUUGAACCCAAACCAUCCCCUUUGUCAUCAUUGGCCAAUGGAACUGAGGCUAGCGUCACAAGCGCCACAUAUAUGCCUGGAUCUGGAUCUGUGACUGGAUCUGUAUCUGGAUCUGUAUCCGGAUCCGGAGAUGGAAUAGAAGAAGUUACAUUAGAAAAGAGAACUAGCUUUCCGGCUAUUGAACAGAGAAACAGUUUAGGGCGAGGCGGACAAGUUUCGAGAAAUAGCAUAGGAAGAAAGCCUUAUGGCAACGUUGCGAGGAUGAGCAAGAAUUUUGAUAUGGUAGCAGCGGGUAAUAGAGAUAGUGUAGGAAGCAUUGGUGAGGUACCAGAACCAGCCGCGGAACAAAAGGUCGGGGUUAGUUUGGAGGAUAAACCUAUGGACGAUUAGAGUCAAUAUGGGAUUUGACGGAUUGAAGGGUUACAUACGAGAGUUAGGAUGGAUGGAUGGAUGGAUGGACGAGCACAAACAUGAAUGUUAUAUGAAAAGUAAAUCAUGUACGAUAAUAUGGUACGAUAUUUGCGACUGGCUUUAUUCUUUGCCUAAAGAGCGAGAAGCGGGAUGGUCUUUUGAUACCCUUCCCUUGACAGUUUUUUUCUUUUUUUUUAGUUUGAGUCUGAGUUUGAGUUGAGUUGGUUUUUUGCGCUUUUCGAUGGUUCAUGGGAAGGAGAUGAAUACAAAAUUUGUUCAUAGAAGUUAAGUGUAUGUAUGGUCUUUGUGUUACGCUUUUGGUUGUCAUUGUAAUUGUGA